AUGAGUGCACAAGGUGAGGGACCCGGUCAGCCUUCCACUGCUGCCCAGGAGCAACCUGCAACCGCAGAGCCUCAGAAGAGAGGACGAGGCAGACCCAGGAAGCAACCGCAAGAACCAACUGGUGAACCAUCUCCUAAAAGACCAAGAGGAAGACCCAAAGGAAGCAAAAACAAGAGUCCCUCUAAAGCAGCUCAGAAGAAAGCAGAAGCCACUGGUGAAAAGCGACCCAGAGGCCGGCCCAGAAAAUGGGUAGGUAUUUCACUUCCAAUCAUUUGA